UAAAUCCAUUCAAAACUCAAGACCUCUCUCUCUCUCUUUCGGUCAAUAUUGUCUACCAUAACUAGGGCAAAAGAAAAAGGAGUUUAAUGAUUUCUCUACCAUAGCUAGGGCAAAAGAAAGAAGAUUUUAGUGAUUAUUAGGGUUCCGAGCAACAACAAUUUUUUUUUGGGGUUUUAGUAAAAGAUGGAUGUAGUGGUGAGGAUACCUAAAGAUAACAAUAAACAAAUUACAAAUCAGCUUCGAAUAAUCUCAAGCAAAUUAACUGAGCUUGAAACGAAAUUCAAAGAAUUCGGAAAUGGAUACCGUAAUUGGGUUUCUAAACAAUCUUUUCCUGUUGAGGCUACCGUUGCUACCACGUCCGGUGCAAUCCAGGGAGCUGCUUUCGGUGGUCUUUUCGGAGCCGCAGCUCAGGUUGCUGGGCAUGUAUUUCCAGAGCAUUCACCUGCCAUUAAGGCUUUCUGCAGUGGUCCUGUGGCAGAAGCUCGUAUUAUGGCUGCUAUGGAGGGUGCCCGUGCCAGUGUAACUUGUAUCAUGAAAAGAAUUAAAGGCAAAGAGGAUGUCCAAACUCGAAUGGCAGCAGGUUUUGGUGCUGGAGCCACGCUUGGAAUGAUUAGGCCGAGGGAUUCUUAUGGAGCAGUCUAUGCAGCCAUGCUAGGGGUCGUCGGUGCGCUUGUUGGAGGUGUUUUUUUUCAGCUAGGUCAAAAAACCUCUCAGCUGCCAGGGGAGUAUACUAGAACAAGAUGCAUGUUGUCUAACCUUGGCCUUCAGAAUUACGAGGAGAACUUUAAGAAAGGCUUAUUAACAGACAUUACUAUGCCUUUGCUUACAGAUAGUGUUCUUAGAGACGCGAGAGUCCCUCUUGGACCAAGGCUUCUAAUACUUGACCACAUUGCAAGGGAUCCUGAACUGCAAAAGAUGCGGCAACAUCAUGUUGGGUGAAACUGAUGGUAAGCACCAAGCAUUUAAGUUUACAAGUUAACCAAGGGUGUCAGGCGUGAGUCUCAUACUUGAAGAUAGAUGUUCGAGUCCCUUGCUACAGAGAAAAUGAUGUUAUUUACAAGUUUUUCAGUGUUUUAUUGUUCUGGAAUCAAGUUUAAGAGGCAUCAAUGUUUAGUAAAUAUUUACAAGUUUUUCAGUGUUUUAUUGUUCUGGAAUCAAGUUUAAGAGGUAUCAAUGUUUAGUAAAACUAGUUUUUGUGCAACUGAGAGGAUUUUUUUUUUCGUUUCUAAAUUCUAAUCGGAAGUUCUAGUGAGGAUUGAAAAAGAUCCACCCUUCAUUUUA